GUUAAACCAAACUACAAAACUAGUUAAACCAAACUACAACAGUCAUAUUAAUCAAUAUAUAUAAUAAAUUGUUGCGCGAGCAAUGCUACCACAAUGGAUAAUAAAGGGUGCUCAAUUUGCCGUGCGCUUAACUGCUGUGUGUGUGUAUAUCUGUGUAGCCAGGCACCACUACGGAACCAUAUCAGUGGUAGGGCCAGCAUUUAUGAACAGGGAGGUUACACUGAAAGCAACACCCUUCUACCCUUGGGGGUGCGUUGUAGAAUGGAAAUACAUAAUGGAACAUGGCACUGAAAUCCAAACAAUGAAUGGACCACAUGUUAUAAGGUAUUCGGAGGAUGGUUCAUUCUUUUUGAAAUGGAAAGUUUCCAAUGAAUACAACAUAUCUAACUUCUACGCCGGAUGUUCAACAAACUCAACAAUAAGAUCAAGUCUGAUAACUUUAAAUGUGAAAGAAAUUGUUGGACUAUGUGGAGCUCUCGUGAUUCUUAACCCGGUUGAUCGGGGCGGGAACGUCAAACUUGGAUAUUUUCCGUCUGACCUUUCUAUAGAGCACAAAACUUGCACAAGACGAACAUGGAUGAAAAACAUGAAGGAGAUAAUACUGCGAAAUGGUUCUUACGAAGAGGAAAUGCAUUCUGAAUAUUUGUACGUAUUGACUAUACUUAACUUUGACGACAGAGAUGAAGGAACUUAUAUUUUAAUUUGUAAUUCAGUUGACAACACGGAUUCUGUGCAGCUUUACAUCCCAGAGCUCCCGAGUUAUCCAGUCAUCGGUCCAAAAUCUGAUGACUUUAAUACAACAGGAUGCAUAUAUGUUGAUCUUGGAUCCGACUUAUAUUGCAAAACUGAAAAUGGAACAGAACCCGUAAAAGUUGUACUUUUACUUGGGCAGGAUUCAUUUGUUCUUUCUAAAAGUAAACGGAACAAAGACUUGUACCGUUUCAAUAACGUUCACCAAAAAAUGGAAGGAUUGUCGAGACGGAAUGUGACAUGCCUAGUUUCAAAUGCAGCCCUUGAUACACCAUACGAAGUGCAUGGCAAUCUUUGUAACGUGGAGAAAGGUAGCUCUCCCGUGCUAACUGUUCCUGAAUUCCUUUUUGGAGAAAGCUCUACAUCAAUAUGUGAAGUGCGCAAUGCUGUUCCAGCUCCGGCGAUAGAACUAUACAUUGACAAUGUCUUGCUAACAGAUGUUCAACAAACCGAUUCAUUUAAUGGAUCUUCUUAUACGUUUACCAGCACAACAACGAUGGCAAAGACUAGCAAAAUAUGGAAUGGAAAAGACAUGUGCUGCACCAGGAAAAGCAAAUACGAUUUUGGUAUUAAAACCGUGUCAGUAUGCCAAAAGAUUAGUAUAAAAUAUCCCUCUUCUGGCAUUUCGAUGUCCGUAAACAAAACACAUGAAUACAACAAAAAUAGUUCUGCCUGUUUUUUAGAUGUAUUUUGUCAAACGAAUGAAUCAAAUCCACCUUGCACGAUUGAAUGGACAAGCGACAACGAUAAUUUAAGAUAUAUGAAAAGCAGGAAUUGGACUAAUGAAGAACAUGGGAGCUACCGUUCUGCUUCCAACGUGCUUUACAGGGUGACAAAAGACAUUGGUGGGGGAACUAUAACAUGUUCAACAAGAUGUGAUCAUUUCUCACCCCAUCUAAAUAAAAAUGAUACAGUAUAUGUUUCAGGUGGUCCAACUCUGCAUUUCAACAAGACAUCACCUGUUUAUUUAUAUCCGAAUACUACAGUGAUUGUCAAAUGCCUUGUGGAUGACUGCAAUGUUAAAGGGCAAUGGACGCUUCGAUGGGAAGAUGAAAAUAAAACCGAAAUAACGACUUGUAAACAAACAGAGGAAUGCCUGUUAACACUGACUUAUACGAGUAAUAAAGAGAUGACAUAUAUUUGCAGCGCAUGGAAAUCAGACGAGCUUCUAGGCAAUUCAUUGACAGUUCUUAACACAAUGACAAAAGGUGGUCCUACUCUGAAUUUGAACGCGACAUCACCUGUUGAUUUACAUCCGCAUAUGAAGUUGACCGUCAACUGCUUUGUUGCUGACAGCAAUGCCACAGGACAAUGGAUGAUUCGGUGGGAAUAUGAAAAUAAGACUGAAAUAAAAACUUGUAAGCAAACAGAGGAAUGCCUGUUUACACUGACUUAUACGGGAGAUGAAGAGAUGACAUACAUUUGCAGCGCAUGGGAAUCAGAUGAGCUUCUGAGACAUUCUUUGACAGUUUUCAACUCAAUGACAGAGGGUAGUUCUGUCGCCAAUGGCAAGUUAACUUAA